CUAGUGAUCCACCCCCGCCUUGGCCUCCCAAAGUGCUGGGAUUACACUGCACCUGGUGGAGAGCAUUUUUGAUGGGAAAAAGAGGAACAAAGACCUAGCUGGUGCCAGUGCACAAGUUGACCUGGACCAGGACUGAAUCCUCCUCAUUUUACAAAGGCCACCUGAAGCCCCAUGACUGGUGAUAGUGAGAAUGGCUUCUGGCUGCCGGUAAGCCCCUCUCAAGCCACAGCUGUCCUCCCCUCUUGCCCUAGGAAAUGGUUAAGUGCCAUCCAUCCCUCCUGGCCUACAGGAGGACCUUGUUUUCAGUGGUCAGGUAACUUGCCCAGGAACUAUACUGCUGUGCCAGCAGGAUCAGAAUUCCAAUCUUGAGUUUCCCCGGGUUUCCUGCCACCUGGCCCGUCGGGAUCAGGGCUAGAGGGAGGAGGAGGAGGCUGGCUGAGGUUUAGGUAGCCUGAGGACAAGGAGACGAGGGGAGGUGGUGACGGGCACAGGCGGAAGGGGACCAGGCUCGCCGAGCCACCCAAGCCUCAGCUUUCUGAACCAGGAAGUGGGGAACGUCGCCCACCACACGUCGGGAUCCCUUCCUCUGAGCUGAGCUGGUUCCGGGAUGCUCUCCCAGGGAAAUGGCCAGGCGGGGACAGAGCGGGAGGGAGGGGCCGCGCCGCGAGGAUAUACAGCUUCCCAUUGCGUGCCCCGGGCGGCUGGGAAGCCAAGCCGCGCAGACCAAUCGGGCCCGAGGCGGAGGCCGGUUGGCUCCUGGAGCGCCUGGCCUGUGGGACGGGCGGGGUAGCUGGGGAAGAGGUGGGGUGAAGGGCGGGGCAGCGUGGGCGGGGCGCCUGCCUGGAGGCCGAGCCCUCUCGGCCCCACCCCGCAGCAGCCCUACCAGGGGCGCCGCCCCAGCCCCUCCGCCGCCGCCGAGUCCCGUGCGGGUUGGGGACCCUCCACGUGACUCGGUGAUGCAGAACGGUUGUGACCUUCAGCGUGUAUCUGGGAACGCGAGGGUCUCAGCAACAGUGCGGGUUUGCGCCCGGCCCUGCCCGUGGGUGCAGGAACGUGUGGGUGUGUGGGUAUGUGUGGGUGUGUUGGGGAGGAUGCCCAGCGACAUGUGACAAAGACUCCUGUCUCCGGGAGAUGGUGAAGAGGCCCGUGAGCAGGCGCUUUGUCUGGCUGUCUGCAGAGUGAGGUUCGCGACGCGGCGGCGGGCGCCCGUGCGGUGCAGGAUGCCGGGGCGCCAGGGUGGCCGGGGGCGCGCGCGCCUGUGCCAGGGUGAGUGCGCUGCGGCAGCGCUGGGGCACAGCGCGGCGGGCCCGCGCCGGCCCGGGCCUCGGGCGUGACUAGGCGCCACCCGUGGGCGCUGCAGCAGCCGCGUGUCCCCGUGACCUCGGGAGCCGGCCGGGGCCCGGGUGGAUCCCCGUGCGCCCCUCCCCGUCCGCCCUCCACGUGCGUGUCCGCGGCGCGCGCGCCCGCCACCGCGCACCCGCUCGCCUGUCGCCGCCGCUGCCGCCGCCGCCGCCACCGCCACCGCGAACCGCGCCGGGAAAAGGUGCCGGGAACCAAGCGAGCCGGGGCCGCGGGCCCGAGCGCCAUGGGCCCGAGGGUGGGCGGCGGGUGGCCGGUCAUCCCCGGGCCUCGCCCCCGCGGGAGAGCGGCCUGGAGUCGGCGGGGGCCGGCCGGGCUCUCAGGGAGGCCGGCCCGCGCCCCCUGAGCGACGGACACCAGGGUGCUCACCAUGGCCCCGCCGCUCCUGCUGCUGCUGCUGGCCAGUGGAGCGGCCGCCUGCCCACUGCCCUGCGUCUGCCAGAACCUGUCUGAGUCGCUCAGCACCCUUUGUGCCCACCGAGGCCUGCUGUUUGUGCCACCCAACGUGGACCGGCGCACGGUGGAACUGCGGCUGGCAGACAACUUCAUCCAGGCCCUGGGCCCCCCUGACUUCCGCAACAUGACGGGGCUGGUGGACCUGACGCUGUCUCGCAAUGCCAUCACCCGCAUUGGGGCCCGAGCCUUUGGAGACCUCGAGAGCCUGCGCUCCCUGCACCUGGACGGCAACAGGCUGGUAGAGCUGGGCACUGGCAGCCUUCGGGGCCCCGUCAACCUACAGCACCUCAUCCUCAGUGGCAACCAGCUGGGCCGCAUUGCGCCGGGGGCCUUUGACGACUUCCUGGAGAGCCUGGAGGACCUGGACCUGUCCUACAACAAUCUCCGGCAGGUGCCCUGGGCCGGCAUCGGCGCCAUGCCCGCCCUGCACACCCUCAACCUGGACCAUAACCUCAUCGAUGCACUGCCCCCAGGCGCCUUUGCUCAGCUUGGUCAGCUCUCCCGCCUGGACCUCACCUCCAACCGUCUGGCCACACUGGCUCCCGACCCGCUCUUCUCUCGUGGGCGUGACGCCGAGGCCUCGCCUGCCCCCCUGGUGCUGAGCUUCAGCGGGAACCCCCUGCACUGCAACUGCGAACUGCUGUGGCUGCGGCGGCUGGCACGGCCAGACGACCUGGAGACCUGCGCCUCCCCACCUGGCCUGGCCGGCCGCUACUUCUGGGCAGUGCCUGAGGGCGAGUUCUCCUGUGAGCCGCCCCUCAUUGCCCGCCACACGCAGCGCCUCUGGGUGCUGGAAGGCCAGCGGGCCACGCUGCGGUGCCGGGCCCUGGGUGACCCUGCGCCCACCAUGCACUGGGUCGGUCCUGAUGAUCGGUUGGUUGGCAAUUCCUCCCGAGCUCGGGCUUUCCCCAAUGGGACCUUGGAGAUUGGGGUGACGGGCGCUGGGGACGCCGGGGGCUACACCUGUAUCGCCACCAACCCUGCUGGUGAAGCCACAGCCCGAGUAGAGCUGCGGGUGCUGGCCUUGCCCCACGGUGGGAACACCAGUGCUGAGGGGGGCCGCCCCGGGCCCUCGGACAUCGCUGCCUCGGCUCGCACUGCUGCCGAGGGCGAGGGGACGCUGGAGUCGGAGCCAGCCGUGCAGGUGACAGAGGUGACUGCCACCUCAGGGCUGGUGAGCUGGGGUCCCGGGCGGCCAGCCGACCCCGUGUGGAUGUUCCAAAUCCAGUACAACAGCAGUGAGGAUGAGACCCUUAUCUACCGGAUCGUCCCAGCCUCCAGCCACCACUUCCUGCUGAAGCACCUGGUCCCUGGCGCUGACUAUGACCUCUGCCUGCUGGCCUUGUCACCAGCCGCUGGGCCCUCCGACCUCACGGCCACCAGGCUGCUGGGCUGUGCCCACUUCUCCACGCUGCCCGCCACGCCCCUGUGCCACGCCCUGCAGGCCCACGUGCUGGGCGGGACCCUGACUGUGGCCGUGGGGGGUGUGCUGGUGGCUGCCUUACUGGUCUUCACUGUGGCCUUGCUGGUUCGGGGCCGGGGGGCUGGGAAUGGCCGCCUCCCCCUCAAGCUCAGCCAUGUCCAGUCCCAGACCAAUGGAGGCCCCAGCCCCACGCCCAAGGCCCACCCACCACGGAGCCCCCCGCCCCGGCCCCAGCGCAGCUGCUCCCUGGACCUGGGAGACACCGGCGGGUGCUAUGGUUAUGCAAGGCGCCUGGGAGGAGCCUGGGCCCGACGGAGCCACUCUGUGCACGGGGGGCUGCUCGGGGCAGGGUGCCGGGGGGUGGGGGGCAGCGCCGAGAGGCUGGAAGAGAGUGUGGUGUGAUGGAGGGGGAGCAGCUUCUCUUAUGCUCCAAGGGACCAGCCUCGUGCAGCAGAGGGCCCGGGGCAGCCACCUGGCCUGGGAGUCCCUCCCUGGUUUUUAUUCUCGGUACCUCAGGCUCCCCUGUGUACAUGGCGGGACAGGGGGCCCUUUCCUUGGUUCUGGCCUCCAGACCAGGGUAAGGGGCAGGUCCCUCCAUCAGGUGCUCACAGCCACCAAGGCAGGGGCUGCAGCCACCAAGUGGGAGUCUUAUUUAUAAUAAAAUUGUUGAGGACACCUCA